CUGCAGCGUCCGGAGAUGGCGGAUCCAGCCGAAUGCAGCAUCAAAGUGAUGUGCCGGUUCCGGCCCCUCAACGAAGCGGAGAUCCUCCGCGGGGACAAAUUCAUUCCCAAAUUCAAAGGCGAGGAGACGGUGGUGAUCGGGCAAGGGAAGCCAUAUGUAUUUGACAGAGUGCUGCCGCCCAACACAACCCAAGAGCAGGUCUACAAUGCCUGUGCGAAGCAGAUUGUCAAAGAUGUCCUUGAGGGUUAUAAUGGGACAAUUUUUGCAUAUGGGCAGACUUCUUCAGGAAAAACCCAUACCAUGGAGGGGAAGUUGCAUGAUCCUCAACUUAUGGGUAUUAUACCGAGGAUCGCACAUGACAUCUUUGACCACAUCUAUUCCAUGGAUGAGAACCUGGAGUUUCAUAUCAAGGUUUCCUAUUUUGAGAUCUACUUGGACAAAAUAAGGGACUUGCUUGACGUAUCCAAAACCAACUUGGCUGUUCAUGAAGAUAAAAACAGAGUCCCCUAUGUAAAGGGGUGCACCGAGAGGUUUGUGUCCAGCCCUGAGGAGGUCAUGGAUGUGAUAGAUGAGGGCAAAGCAAACCGACAUGUGGCUGUGACAAACAUGAAUGAACACAGCUCGAGGAGUCACAGUAUCUUCCUGAUUAACAUUAAACAAGAGAAUGUGGAGACUGAAAAAAAACUCAGUGGGAAGCUGUACUUGGUUGAUUUGGCUGGGAGUGAAAAGGUCAGCAAAACCGGUGCCGAGGGAGCUGUUCUCGAUGAAGCUAAAAACAUCAACAAGUCUUUGUCUGCUCUUGGAAAUGUGAUCUCUGCCUUGGCAGAAGGGACAAAAACACAUGUGCCCUACCGGGACAGCAAGAUGACUCGGAUUCUCCAGGACUCUCUGGGUGGGAACUGCAGGACCACAAUUGUCAUUUGCUGCUCUCCUUCAGUCUUCAAUGAAGCUGAAACCAAGUCCACGCUGAUGUUUGGACAGAGAGCGAAGACCAUCAAGAAUACAGUCUCUGUGAACUUGGAACUAACAGCAGAAGAGUGGAAGAAGAAAUAUGAGAAGGAGAAAGAGAAGAACAAGGCCUUGAAGAGUGUCAUCCAGCAUCUGGAGAUGGAGCUGAACAGAUGGCGGAAUGGGGAAGCUGUGCCUGAGGAUGAACAGAUCAGCGCCAAGGACCAGAAGACCCUGGAGCCCUGCGACAACACACCCAUCCUAGACAACAUCACGCCUGUUGUGGUCGGCAUCUCUGCUGAGAAGGAGAAGUAUGACGAGGAGAUCUCCAGUCUGUACCGACAGCUAGAUGAUAAGGAUGAUGAAAUUAACCAGCAGAGCCAGCUGGCUGAAAAACUAAAGCAACAGAUGUUGGAUCAGGAUGAGCUUCUGGCUUCCACAAGAAGGGACUACGAGAAGAUACAAGAGGAGUUGACACGCCUCCAGAUUGAAAACGAGGCAGCCAAAGAUGAAGUGAAAGAAGUCCUCCAGGCCCUGGAGGAGCUGGCUGUCAAUUACGACCAGAAGUCACAGGAAGUGGAGGACAAGACCAGGGCCAAUGAGCAGCUGACGGAUGAGCUGGCCCAGAAAACGACGACUCUGACAACCACACAGAGAGAGCUGAGUCAGCUCCAGGAGCUUAGCAACCACCAGAGGAAGAGGGCCACGGAGAUCCUGAACCUGCUGCUGAAGGAUCUGGGGGAGAUAGGUGGAAUCAUCGGCACCAACGAUGUGAAGACGCUGGCAGACGUGAAUGGAGUCAUUGAAGAGGAGUUCACCAUGGCGCGCCUGUACAUUAGCAAGAUGAAGUCGGAGGUCAAGUCCCUUGUGAACCGGAGCAAGCAACUGGAGAGUGCCCAGAUGGACUCCAACAGGAAGAUGAAUGCCAGUGAACGGGAGCUGGCAGCUUGCCAGCUGUUGAUCUCCCAGCAUGAGGCCAAGAUCAAAUCUCUGACAGACUACAUGCAGAACAUGGAACAGAAGAGGAGGCAGCUGGAAGAAUCCCAAGACUCACUCAGCGAAGAGCUGGCCAAGCUCCGAGCCCAAGAAAAAAUGCAUGAAGUCAGUUUCCAAGAUAAAGAGAAGGAACACCUGACAAGGCUCCAGGACGCCGAGGAGAUGAAGAAAGCUCUGGAGCAGCAGAUGGAGAGUCACCGGGAAGCGCACCAGAAGCAGCUGUCCAGACUUCGUGAUGAAAUUGAGGAGAAGCAGAAAAUCAUUGACGAGAUUCGGGAUUUGAAUCAGAAGCUGCAGCUGGAACAGGAGAGGCUGAGCUCUGAUUAUAACAAGCUGAAAAUAGAGGACCAGGAGAGAGAAGAGAGACUGGAGAAGCUCCUGUUGCUCAAUGAUAAAAGAGACCAAGCUAGGGAGGACCUUAAGGGGCUGGAAGAGACUGUGUCUAGAGAACUCCAGACCCUUCAUAACCUGCGCAAGCUCUUCGUCCAGGAUUUGACCACCCGGGUGAAAAAGAGUGUGGAGCUGGACAGCGACGAUGGAGGGGGGAGUGCCGCCCAGAAGCAGAAGAUCUCUUUCCUGGAGAAUAACUUGGAGCAGCUUACCAAGGUGCACAAGCAGCUGGUCCGGGACAAUGCAGAUUUGCGCUGUGAACUCCCCAAGCUGGAGAAGAGGCUGCGUGCUACUGCCGAGCGCGUCAAGGCCUUAGAGAGCGCGCUGAAAGAGGCCAAGGAGAACGCCAUGAGGGACCGCAAGCGCUACCAGCAGGAGGUGGAUCGCAUCAAGGAGGCUGUGCGAGCCAAGAACAUGGCCAGGAGGGCACAUUCGGCCCAGAUCGCCAAGCCCAUCCGCCCAGGACAUUACCCGGCAUCAUCUCCAACAGCUGUCCAUGCCGUCCGAGGAGGAGGUGGCUCUUCAAACCCUACUCACUACCAGAAGUAAACGCAGAAUAUGACUCCACGUAGCAUGAAAAGGACUAUAUUAGUCACCGGUUCCUUUAUUUCCCUCUCCUAUACCGUUUCCAUUUCUUUUUACACUUGCUUGCCCAGCCGUCUGUAGUACACCAGAUUCAGGUGUUUGAGCUGUGUAGACUUUGUGUGUACAGAUCCGUGCUUGGAUCCUUCUCCUAAGAACCGGAAGGAGGUGGUCACAAAACACCCACUUCCUGCUGAGAACCGUUCCCACUUGCGGCCUCCAGGGUUGCGUGGUCUCUGGAGGCCCCUGCAGUGCACUGACCCAUUGGAACGGAACGCGCUGCUGUGCCAGCUGUGAGCGGACAACCAAGUGCUGUGGAAUCAGUGACCAUGCUCUGCCUCGACUGUCUGGUUUCCUGUAAAAUAAACACAUUACUUUAUAUUUUUAGGGAACAAAAAAAGUGCUGCUAUAGGGUUCAAAAUUUUCAUUCUGAACACUUUUCCAAAAGCAACCCCAGAGAGCAUUUUAAAUAUCCAGGUCAUAUCUUUGGAUCUGUAAAAUAUACCUUUUAGUACGGCACCUGUUCAAAUGCAGAGCAGACUUCUUCAAGGCAGAAAAACAGUUUGACAGUAGCAGUGUAGAAUUCGCUCAUUCAGACACAUCUAUGAAAAGGCGAAGAGUCAUACAAUUCACCUCCGAGCUGCUUGCUGGUGAACCUGCAGUGACUAGUCUCUGCCAGCCCAGUGGUUUGAACAUCAUUUCUCUAGAAAUGUUGGAAAUGCUGCAGAAUUGGAUGAGUGGAGAUGGGGAUCCCCCCCCCCCUUCGCACUGCUUCCUCGAUCCCCUGGAACCUGCAUUGGGAUGGCCUCUUUCUCUAGCGAAUCAUCAUGCACUUGAGGAGAUGUUCCUAAAGAAGUCCAGCAUCAUUCCAGUAGUUGGAAAAGAAUUCCCUCCGGGGAAAGUCAUAGGUGAGAUCUGUGCCUGUCUGUGGAUUCGUUUUCAUUGUAACCCAUCAUUGCGGAACGGCUCAUUUGAAUUUCUUUGGCACCAAAUAGGCUUUUUCUUCUUCUAGGCACAGUUAGGGGAUGGAAAAAUCAGUAUAACUGGAUUGUUUUUUUUUUAACAUUUAGUUAUUAUUUUAUUCAGAUCCAUGAAUCUAAGAGUGAUUCUCUUACUUCCAGCUGGGCUUACUAAAAGAGUCAAUGGCCAAGUAGGAGAGUUUCGAGGGAAAUUGAGAGGUUUAAGUACGUCAGUACUGUGUGCUGCUAUUUGUUUUCCUUAAUGUGAGGGUUAGUAACAUCCCCGCCCAUCUCAGAGAACUCACUCAGCCUGGCAUCUCAUGUGCCCAAGAAGUGGGAGCUCGCACUGUUUCCUCCAGCUGGCACCCCUGGGGUAAAGUCUAUGCCGGUGAGGCCCGGGGGAGCAGGGAGCUUUGGACUUUCUCAUGGCUUUGAGGGUAGGGAUAGAAAAAGCUAAUGUAGUUAACGUGUGUGCUCAUGCACAUGCAUGUGUAAACUGUCGAGGGUCAUGUACAUUACCUUCCAGACUCUUUUUGUAUAGACGGUCCCUAACAAAGCAAUGUUGCUUUGACUUAAUUUAUUCGUUAGAUGUUUCCCUUUAGCCACAUGUUUGUUUGUUUUUAACUAGGCAUGAAAGGAAGACAACUUCUAUUGAAGUAUUUAUUUCACCAAGAUGAUUUUGUGUUUGUCUAAGUGUGUUCACUUGGUUGCCGCUGUCUGCUCAACACAACUGCUUGGCUGCUGUCUGGAGUCUGGUGGGUCCUUUUGCAGGACAGGUUUGCAAACUUUAUCAGGUACUAACGGAUGCCAGAUUAGAAGCUUGCUGUCUAUGCUUGUCUCUGGCUUUGGAAGCCGAAAUGGUGGCCUGUGAGAGGAGCACCAGUCAAACACUAUAGGACCCUGCUAUUGUCUUUUAGACAAUUGUGCUACUUGGUGUUUGGAAAUUGGGCACAGGUCAGUAAUACCCGAUUCUUGGCUUUCAUUAGUAUCCAUUAUAAAAUGGAUUAUUUUAGAUUCUUUCUAAAGCAAUUUCCCCCUAGGUUCCCUUUUUCUACUUCUAAGAAUCGUGGGGCACUUUCAAGUUUCAAAAGGCAGCAUCCAUUUGUAGUUCACAUUUCUUGAUCUCUACAAGGGCCUAACAAAAAUCACUGUACUUUUAUUCACAGAGAAAGUUGGCUUUGAUGUCUUUUAGAGAUAAUUCUGCUAGUUGCUGAUCAGCCAGUCAGUUCAUCUAGCGCCAGCCUUUAUAAGACCUCCAAUCUAAUUUUCUCACACUGUGACUAAAAGCUAGGCAUUUCAUUGGAACAGAUUAUGUAGUUGAUUCAAGCAGGCCCCUUAAUCUCACGUAGACUAUUAAUUCUUUUAUCAGGACAGUAUGCUCUCAGGCCACUUUUUAAAAAGACCAUGUUUAUAAAAUUUUCAUUGUUGAAAGAUUAUUGCAUCCUGUACUCUAAAUGGGGGAAAAAAAUCGCACUUCUGAGCAGCCAGGUGGAUGGUUACGUUUUGGGUCAUAGGCUGCAUGUUGGUGGUGUGUAUGUCAGUGUGUCCUCUGCUCUGGAUAAUUACUCUUUCAUGCCUGUUUCUUGAAAGUUUACUCUGAGGUGCCGUAGCAGCCAGUGGUUUGUUCAGUAACCUCCCCCUGCAGGACCGUGGGGGUGCUGAGAGUGAGUACAGUUAUGGUUGGCUCUUAAAACAACAACUGCGUUUUGGUCAGUUCCUAGAGAAUCCUGUAUGGCCAUACCGCCUCUUCAAAUGCUGAGCAGUAUUUGAACGGCAGGUAGCCGUAACAGUAAGAGGGGUCAAGACUUUUAAAGGAUAUAGAAUUGUAUGGUGAAGAAAAUCGGAAUUUGUAGAAACGUUGGAAUAAACAAAAGCAUAAAAAUGUUUGUCUAGAAUGUAGAUCCAGUAGCUCCUUGAAGCCUUCAGUCCGUUCUCUACACAGUAGAGAAGUGACUUUUCAGUCACAGGACACUGCCACGGCUUCACCAGAGCCCGAAGGGUGGGGUUUUUCCGGCUUCAUUUUCCUAGAAGAACGGCCAAAGGAACGUAAGGCUUCAACAGUCCCUUCUGUUGAAGGGCAGGUGUCAUCGGGACUCCAGGGGAAAGACAUUGGGGAAGCUUGUCAUUAGCAGAAGUUUGUCAUCGGGCAGGUUUCACUUCAGUGUCGCAUCCUGACCAUCUUGAGCAAGCUAAAGAACCAUCACUGUUGAAAACUGCUUCAUAACAUAAUUUUGAGUUUUUAAACAAAUAUUGAGUAAGGACCAGAUAACUGCCCAAGGGGGCACCAUUCUAUGAAGUCUGCCAGGUUCCUGGAAAUUGUGUAUCAGUUUUGAACACUUCCCACGUGUGUGCAGCUUCAAGGGGAAUAGGGCUUUCCGUAGAAUUCUGUCUGUCUAGUUUGUAAAGUGUCAUGUGUGCCGCAGAUUUGUGUUAUGUUCCGUACAGUAGAUUUCAUUAAGAAAAAGUGUGGACAAACUUGUUUCUGUGGUUUGAUGGGGAGAGGGGCGGUGUGUAUUAAACGGCUAUCCUGUGAGAUAGAAAUGUCCCCAAAGACCUGGAAGUAACCCUCCCUGGCUCUUGGAAAACUGGUUAUCUCCUAGGUUCUAAAUGAAGAUGUACGGAUACUCUGGCAGACUGCAUGUGUAUAAUUUGAAAAUACUCCAAACUGGACAAUAAA